AUGGAGGCUAUAAGUCGCUUCCAGCCUCACCCGGGACUGCAGCAGACCCUCAAGCAGUUCCACAUCAGCUCCAUGAGCUCCCUGGGCGGGCCGGCGGCCUUCUCCGCGCGCUGGCAGCACGAGCUCCUCUUCAAGAAGGACGGUAAGGAGCUGGAGCCCGUCCUGCAGCACCUGCCGCCGCCCGUCAUGCCCGGCCCGCUCUUCAUCCCGUCCGACCGCUCCACGGAGAGGUGCGAGACGGUCCUGGAGGGGGAGACCAUCUCCUGCUUCGUGGUCGGCGGGGAGAAGCGGCUGUGCCUCCCGCAGAUCCUGAACUCGGUGCUGCGGGACUUCAGCCUGCAGCAGAUCAACUCUGUGUGCGACGAGCUGCACGUGUACUGCUCGCGCUGCACGGCGGACCAGCUGGAGAUCCUCAAAGUCAUGGGGAUCCUGCCCUUCUCCGCGCCGUCCUGCGGCCUCAUCACCAAGACGGACUCGGAGCGGCUCUGCAACGCCCUGAUCCACGGCGGCGCCUUCCCGCCCCGCUGCAAGAAGGACCCGAACCCCGGGUCCCUGGACCUGCAGCGGACCGAGCGCAGCUUCAGGGUCUACCACGAGUGCUUCGGCAAGUGCAAGGGCUUGUUCGUGCCCGAGCUGUACACGAGCCCGAGCGCCGCGUGCAUCCAGUGCGCGGACUGCAGACUCAUGUACCCCACGCACAAGUUCGUGGUGCACGGCCACAAGGCGCAGGAGAACCGGACUUGCCACUGGGGGUUCGACUCGGCCAACUGGAGGGCGUACAUCCUCCUGGGUCAGGAUUACACGGGCGAGGAGGAGCGGUUCCGCCUGGAGCAGCUCCUGGACCAGCUCAAGGAGAAGUUCGACUUCUCCAACAAGUACAAGAGGAAAGCUUCGUCCAGGGUGAGUGGGUCCGCUCCGGACCUCCAGAACCUCUGCCGCUUUGGCUUUUUGUGCUCCGUGCUCGUCUCUCCGCGUGCGUCAGCGCGCAGGAUGCAUGUCGCCCGCGAGGUGUCAGCGCUCAGAGUGCGCGCUGGAGAUGACUCUCCACUACUACCACCCCGAGUCUCCGGCCAGCGGCCCUACAAUGACCUGAUGCGCAGCCGCAGUUGUGUCUGGAAGGGCCACUUGGCUGUGGCGGCCAUCUUGAAUCAGCCUGACUCCUAA